UAAUGUAGUUGGAAAUUAAUUUAUAGUAAACAUACGUUGUAUUUGCGUUUUUUGAUUGCGUGGACGUAGUUAUGGUAAGUUGUCUGAAUAAGGGACCGUUUUAAAGGCUUUCUGUGAUAAAAAUAAAGUCCAUAAGGGAAUAAAUGUGAAGCCUGGAGAGCUGAAUAAAACAGACGCGUUAUUCUAUAUUGACAGACGCAUAGCCUAAACCAUUAAAGAGCUGCACUAAAAAAGGUUUCUUGGAAAUGCAACCCCUAUGAUAAUGAAGGCGGAGGGUACUUGUCCCUGUGGGGCGCAGCGCAGGUCUAUUGAAAAGGAAACGGCAAUAUUUAACUUAACUAAGACUAUAUUUCCACUUCCAAAUGAUGUGAUUUGAACCAGGCAAAGGUUACCGUUAAACUGCCAACUUCAACAUUUUGUCACUCUACCUACAUAUUUCUAGAUGUACGGUAUCGUACAGUCGGACGCCUGUUAAAAAUAUUAUGAAGAUAAAAUCACAGAAUAAGUACUUAAUAGCAUGGUAUAAUAAUAUACUCCGCCUGGUACUCUAUUCCGAGAUUCGCGUAUGACCUAACUGACACAGGCCUACGUCAUCAUGCUGUUUACAGGUUCUCAAACUUUAAAAUGUGGGAGAAUUUUAACCAACGGUGAAAAAUAUUUUAACGGCAUUAAUUUUAAGUUAUUCAUGUAGAAACAUAGUAAAAUAAAACAAGUCUAAUGUAAUAAAUUAAACUUUAUUUAUCUAUACAAGACAAACGUUUAAAAAACUAAUUCACAGUUACACAUUAAUUACCAAGCUUACGACGUGAAAAGUUUGGAAAACACUGCGACUGCUGACACUGAGCGAGAAGGAAAUAACAAUUAACACGCGUUUGACAAGGAUGACGGUCAGGGCAUGAAGUUAUCUAGAUCCGAAUUGUCAAAUGUGACAGCGCUAUCCUGUGUUGCCAGUAAUGUAAACAGAAUUACCCGAACGUCUGAAAUUUCUUUCGUGAAUCGGAAGAUAUUGCUAACGAAUAAUUAAAAAUGACGUGUUAUUGUAAAAUUUAAGAUAAAAUACAUUAUAAAUGAAAAUUAUAAAAUUAUAAAGAAAUAUUUUAACUUAUUAACCAUAUCGCCUAGCAACGGUCAAACACGGUCCGGAAGAUUUUACCGAGAUAUUUUUAUUUUUAUAUCAAUUUUUCAUAAUACCCUGAUUAACCAAAGCUACAUAGCAGAAGGAAACGAACAUCAAAACCUCCGUGCUGACACCAGUGAGCCCGCAGCCCGAGCACUCAUGAUACGGCCUUGCGAAAUUUAACUGCUAUGACUGUGACAUAUGAUUGUCAAGCAUGAAAAUAUAUUUUUACACACUAUUAAUAACAGUAUCUACUAGAUGGUGGUGAUUUCGUUUCUACCGAAACCCUGUCAGCCUUGCGGUCAAAGCAUCCCUCAGCCUCUACUGCUCCGUUUUUCUUGGAUCCACCAACUGCGAUUGAAGAAUGCCUCCAAAUCGAAGAUAAGGAUAUAGUCGACGCAAUUUUCAAUUUCAAAACCGGCUCAGCGGGAGGUCUCGACGGAAUCUCACCACAACACCUUAAAGAUCUUAUAGCGCACUGUGUUGGCGAUGCCGGCAGAAAACUCAUUACAUCUUUAACCAACAUGAUAAAUCUUAUGUUGAGUGGCCGUGUACAUGCAGAUAUUGUCCCCAUUCUCUACGGAGCCAAUUUAAUUGCUCUAACGAAAAAGGACGGUGGCGUGAGACCAAUCGCAGUUGGAUCGACGUUUAGACGUUUGGCAUCUAAAAUCUCUGUUCGACACAUUAUUUCAAAAUUACAGCAUAGGUUUGAACCAGUCCAACUUGGUUGUGGUACAAAAGGUGGUUGCGAGGCGGCUGUUCACGCGCUUCGCAUAUACCUCAGCAACGACCAAUGCCAAGUUGUAUUAAAGAUUGACAUAAAAAACGCAUUUAACUCUGUGAAUAGAGACACCCUGCUGUCGGAAAUCAGGAAUAACACCCCAGAGCUUUAUAAUUACCUUCUUCAUUGUUACGCUGAUCCUUCCAAAUUAAUGUACCGCAGUCAUGAAAUUUCUUCAGAGGUUGGAUGCCAGCAGGGGGAUCCCUUGGGGCCAGCUAUUUUAGGUUUAGCAAUCAACCCCAUCAUUCAAAAUUUAUCUUCUGAUUUUAAUGUCUGGUACUUGGACGAUGGAACCUUAGGAGGCAAGUUGGAAACAGUCCUUUCGGAUCUCUCCGUCCUCAAGUCCAAGUUCGAGUCCAUAGGUCUAGAUCUGAACUGUAAUAAAUGUGAACUUUACAUUCACGAUGCGUCUCUAAACCAUUCGGACGUAACAGAGAAAUUCAAUGCUUUAACACCUAAUGUUACCACUGUCACGAGAGAUUCUCUUAGCCUACUGGGGACUCCAAUUUUUGACAAUUAUUUUUCAACUUUUAUCAGUAACUCCGUUUCUAAAUUUCAAAAUUACGCCGACCGUCUUCUAGAAAUAAGCCCCCAUUCAGCCCUCACCAUUCUUAAAUUUUGCCUUUUUGUUCCAAAGUUAAUGUAUGUGCUUCGCUGCAGUCCUUUCUGGAAACAUCAAAAUUUGCUCCUACCUAUAGACAUCAUGGUCCAGACUACCUUAGAGCGUAUUCUCAAUUUAAAGCUAUCCGAUCAAUCGUGGUUACAAGCAUCGCUACCUGUUCGAUACGGCGGGCUGGGGUUGCGCAGAAUUUCUAGCGUAUCACUGCCGGUAUUUCUAUCGUCUGUCCACAGCUCUGCUGAUCUUGUAGGAAAAAUCCUAAGGGUUUUACCCACAAACUAUGAGGUCACAGGCUUGGACGAUGCUAGAAAUGCCUGGCUGUCUGCCUGCCCGGGACAAGACCCUCCAUAUAAUCUAAAAUCACAGAGGAGCUGGGAUGACGCCUUAUCGAAAUUAACUUAUACCACAUGUUUAGAUAACAGCGAAGGAGCUGAACGCGCCCGUUUGAUCGCAGUUGGGUGUAGGGAGGCUGGCCACUGGCUCAACGCAUAUCCCUCGCCCAAUACUGGCACUCAUUUAGAUGGAAACACUCUCCGUGUGGCAGUUGGGCUGCGCCUGGGGGUUCCAAUCUGUGCACCGCAUAAAUGCCACUGUGGGAGUGAUGUGGACCAGCUGGGGCGUCAUGGUCUGUCUUGCCAGCGAAGCGCGGGGCGAUUGUCACGUCACGCCGCGCUCAAUGACAUUAUCCGUCGGUCUCUUGUCACCGUCAACGUGCCAGCGAUACUCGAGCCGACCGGUAUGGCCCGGGACGAUGGCAAGAGACCGGAUGGUAUGUCGCUGAUUCCGUGGAGGAUGGGACGAGUGUUAGUGUGGGACGCGACCUGUGUGGACACACUGGCACCGUCUCACCUUCACGGUACCACAAAGAAAGCGGGUGCCGCUGCCGAAGCUGCCGAGUCCCUCAAAAGGCGUAAAUACGGGGGUCUCGACGAUAAUUACAAAUUUAUCCCUUUCAGUGUCGAGACCCUCGGUCCGUGGGGCCCGGGAGCUCAGAGUCUUUUUACAGAUUUGUCGAAACGGCUUGUUGAGGUCUCUGGGGACAAAAGAGCUGGCAGCUUCCUCGCUCAACGCAUAAGCGUUGCGAUCCAGCGAGGAAAUGCUGCCAGCAUUCUUGGCACUAUGCCCCAGGGGCCCUCUCUAGAUAUAGAUUUUUAGGUUUUUUUUUUAGGUUUAGUUUUAGUUUUGUAGGUAGUUCUAUAUUUUUUUUAGGUAUUAGUUUUAGUUUUGUAGGUAGUUUUAAUUUUAGGUUACUUUUUAUUC